GAAUAACCCUAGUGGAGAGCACAGCCGGUGAUGGAGACAGUCAGGGGAGUUUCCGUGUCGAUAGCAGCAGACCUGACUGACACUCUCUCACUUAGCUAGCCUGCCAGCUAGCUAGCUAGCUGUACAAUCCCCCAUUGGUCACGUCUAAACUAAGCUAACUACUUUAUCUUCAGAUAUCCACCAUGGAUUUGAAUAUUAUCUUGUCACAGCUUGAAACUGACAACGACAAGGACAUCGAGAAACUUCUGCGGCAGUACAAUCGAGAGAACAGUCGCACCUUCAGUUUUGACCAAAAGGAAGAAAACCUGCGGAGUAAGCUGUGUCAGGGUGUGUUGUCAGUUCUUGGGAGGCAGGUGCAGCCCAGCUGUCAGAAGACAUGUCUGGAGACACUCCGCAUCCUGUCCAGAGACAAGCGUGUCCUCUCACCUGUAGCCACCAGGGAGGGCAUCCUAAUCCUGGGGGGAAUGGCGAGGUUGAGUGCUGGAGAAAACGGAGAUGACAACCACCAGAAAAGCUCUCAGGACGACAACCAGUCGGAUGAGAAGGAGAGGGUGGUGGUGGAGGCCUUAAAGUGCCUAUGCAAUGUGGUGUACAACAGUCCUGCGGCUCAGCAGGUUAGUGUAGACGUGCAGCUGGCUCAUGGCCUGUGUGCCAGCCUGAAAAUGGCCCGCACAUGGCACCAUGAGGUUGGCCUGUUCACACUGCGCCUUCUCUUCCUGCUGUCUGCACUGAGACCUGAUGUGAGAGUGAUUUUGAGGAGAGAAUGGCAUGCUGUGAGACUACUGACAGAGAUGCUGGAGCACACCCUGCACGUGAGCUGGGUUGGUCCCUAUGAAGCUGCAUGUCCAGAUCCACAGGCCCUGCCCAUGCCUGCAGAGGACAAUGAGAGAGCAAUGGAGGCACUCAAAGCCUUGUUCAACCUCACACUGUCUGACGCUGGUGGUGAGGAGGAUGACCACCAAUUCCGACUCAUUGCGGCCAUCCUGCGUCAUCUGUUGAUGCUGAAGACUGAGACAGAGGAGAAAACAGAGGAAGCACACAGCCAUGCCAUCAACCUUCUGAAUAACCUGCCUGUGUCCUGCCUGGACGUGUUAAUCGAUGUGCCUGUACAGGGAGGACUAGAGAUAUAUGGUGGGAAAAACAUGGACAUUGUCCAGAUGUUAAUAGACUUCAUGGAGAAAAGGAUUGACAAGCAGGGCUCCAACUACAAAGAGGGUUUGACUCCGGUGCUCAGCCUUUUGACUGAGGGAUCCAGACACCACAGGGAGAUCCGCAGAUAUAUCAAAGCUCAGGUACUUCCCCCACUGAAAGAUGUGAAGAUCAGGCCAGAGAUCGGCACCACCACCAGAAACAAGUUGGUCCGCCUUAUGACCCAUGUUGACAUGGGUGUGAAGCAGAGCGCUGCAGAGUUUCUCUUUGUCCUCUGCAAAGAAAGCGUGGACAACUUGUUGAAGUACACAGGAUAUGGAAACGCAGCAGGACUCCUUGUGGCUCGGGGACUCCUCGCAGGAGGGAGAGGAGAGACUCAGUACUCCCAAGAUGAAGACUCAGACACAGAGGAAUACAAAUCUGCUAAACCCUUCAUCAACCCCAUCACUGGUCAUGUGGAGGAGCCGAUGCCAAACCCCAUCGAAGAGAUGACUGAAGAGCAGAAGGAGUAUGAAGCCCAGAAACUUGUCAAUAUGUUUGACAAGUUGUCAAGGCAGAAUGUGAUCCGGCCAAUGGGGGUCAGGCCUGACGGGACGUUAGCACCUCUUGAAGAAACUCUCUGUGAUCCACCCGAGGACUCGGGAUCAGACUCCGACUAGUACACUGCACAUUUAGGCCACAUUUUUCAGGCUACGCUUACUUGUCUCCAUCACAUCUGGAGCUGUGUUCCAUUUCAUGGUUUCGAUCCUUUUAAAGGAAGGUGCCCAUGAAGGUGGGUCCUUUCAGAGGCACUAAAAGCUGGCCCAACCAGUCUGUCACUAAGCAGAUGUACCUGGGAGUUGGAAGAUCCACACAUCGUACUGAUCCCUCCUUAUAAAUCAUACUCUGUUAACCUAAACGUAAAUUGGCAAAUACUACAAUGUUUGGAUCUAUAGUCACGACUGCUCUCACAGACACCCAAACUAAUGCUGAAAUUUAGGAUGCGCUUAUAAACUCGUAUCACCAGGACAUUACUCUAAAUUCACAAAGU